AUGUUGAGCUCUGCAUAUAUUGUAGCUGCACUGUUCGUAGCAACGGCAACUGCCCAUCCUCCACCACAUCCACCCUGGCAUCAAAGAUCCUGUAUUCCUCAAUUUACUCUUCACCAUGGCUCUCGCGAGUCCGUCGGUCUCCUGUCGAAUCCUCUCCAACUCGCAGUCGCCAACUUGACAAAUUACACCCACCCGGCCAACUACGGCUCUCCCACCCACAACCAAGUCCAUCCCAUCGAGCCCGGCUCCGCCAACAUCAUCGGGCACUGUGGCACCAUCGUCUCAUCCUUCGCCGUCGGAAAACGAAACCUCUACAGCGAUGUCAACGGCACGCUCUUACCGCCUUGGAAGCAGGAAGACGCCUCACUCGAUACGAUUUAUGAUCUGGCGAGUUUGACCAAAUUGUUCACGACGGUGGCGGUUUUGCGGCAGCUGGAUGCUGGGACGUUGCAGUUGAAUGCGAGCGUGGCGAGGUAUUUGCCGAAGUUUGCGGUAAAUGGGAAGGAGGGCAUUACUAUCCUGGAACUGCUCACGCAUACGAGUGGGUUUGCACCGGAUCCCGUGCCGGGGUUGUACGAUCCAGUGUAUACCACGUACGAGGAGCGCAUCGAUGCCAUCUUGUCUGCGCCCUUGCAGGAUGCGCCGGGGAGUACGUAUACGUACUCGGAUCUGAACUUCAUGACUCUGUUCAUCCUUCUGGAGACGGUGACGGGGAAGCAGCUCGAUGUGUUGAUCGCGGACUUUACGAAGCCUCUUGGAAUGACCAGUACGUUCUUCAACCGCGGCAAUGUCGAGGGACCGGCGUUUCGGCCUUAUGGGCGGAUGGCCACGCAGGAGUUCCAGAUUGCCGUCUUGGGUCCCUCUGAGCCUCAGCGACCACAGCCGGUGCGUGGGACGGUGCAUGAUGAGAAUGCGUGGGCGUUGGAUGGCGUCAGUGGUCAUGCUGGACUCUUCUCGACUGUUGGCGACACGGCUGUCCUCUGCCAGAUGAUUCUGAACAAUGGCACAUACGGCGGGAGCCGGUAUCUAUCGCAGCAGGCGGUCGACUGGAUCUUCACCAACUUCAACGCCCGCUUCCCCAGCGAUGCGCACGGCUUAGGGUUCGAAUUGGACCAGUACUACUGGUCUGGCCCGAUGGCGAGCCUACAGACCGCCGGCCAUACUGGCUUCACUGGUACAACCUUGGCGAUCGAUAGACCCAGCAAUACUUUCUUCCUGCAUUUUGCGAACCGCGUGCAUCCAAGUCGGAACUGGAGUAGCAACAACAUCGCUCGAGAAGCCCUUGGAUACUGGGUGGCGAAGUCGUUGGGUCGAGACGUAGCAUUCCCAAGCACUUAG